CAGAAGAGUAAUAAGGGAUGUUUUUUUUAAAAAAAAUACAAGCUUUCUAUAGUAGGUUUUUCUUGUAAAGGCUACACACAUCUCGAGAAUCUGCUCACACACCGCCACCGCCCACCGGCAGUACACUAGCCCAGCGACCAUCGCCCUCCGGUUGCAUGUGUCAUGUCUAGCCUCCUUUGCGUUCCAGCUGCUUCUUUUAACUGUUUUAUUGGUACCCCUCCACACAACUGGAUCUGAGAUCUGGGCAAUCACACUCCUUGGAGCUGAUGAUUGUGUGUUCUCAUCCUCUCCUUUUCACUAAUUGUAUUCAAAGGGGUUAUAAUGCUCCACUCUGUGCACUCACCGCGAUGUUUUGCUGGGACAUAGCAGGCUCAGUUUCUGGGCUCUUUCCUUUGUUCCUGUGGCGGCUGCAAUUUCUUUCUUCUGUGAUUUCAUCGAGCAUUGACAAUGGCUACGGUCAGAAAUCUGAAAAUCUAGACAUCUACUUGCAAACGCAUACUGAAGGAUCUCCAUUCCUAUGAGAAAGAGGUUGAGAGAGAAGCUGCUAAGACUGUUGAUAUGAAGGAGAAAGGUGCCGAUCCCUAUGACCUCAAACAACAGUUGAUUGUCCUAGGCUUGAAGAUGGAAAGCAGUAUAAAGGAUGAACUCUACUCUGACAUUUUCGAUAUGUCAAAUCUUCAAUCAAGUCUUAGGCUGACUACCAAUUCCGGAAACAAUGAUUCACAUGAGAGCGAGUGGUGCGACGUGUGGAGUGAUGAUGGAGAUUUGUGCCAUGAUUCUACUGAUAAACUGGAUAAAACAUCUGAAAUGGACAGGGAAUGGCAGAGGCGGCAUGACCAAUUCCACACUGUCGGAUACCGUGAUGGUCUUAUGGCAGGGAAAGAAGCUUCAGUUCAAGAGGGAUUUAAUGUUGGUUUUACAGACUCUGUGUAUGUUGGUUACAACUGGGGUCUUGUCAGAGGUAUCACUAGCGCUUUGGCCUCUCUUCCCAAUGGCUUAGUAGAAAGAAUGGUUGAUACAAAGGAAAUCCAGAAUAAGUUCCAGCACUUACAUGAGUCUGUGCAAUCUCGUUCAACAGUGGAAAUGCUAAAGGUGUUCCGUGAUUAUCUGACAAAGAAAGCGGAAGAGAGUGCUAAAAAUGACAACUCUAGCUCCUGCUUGGCUGAUUCCAGCGACCUCAGUUCCAAUGACAGUCUUCUUGAGAAUUACCAGAAAGAGCUUCAAUUACUUAUUGAUGAAUCAGGGCUCAAAUUGCACUUAGAUACAAAGAAGUAGCUUUUUCUUUUCCUGCUUAGCUCAUUGAAGUCACUUCUAGUUUUCAUCACAAUCCAUGAAAAUUGCAUUCAAAAAGAGAAAAAAAACAGUACACUUGAAUGCAUAGUUUGUACAUAGUAUAUUUCUAUUUUCCAACAUUUUAUGCGUGGUUUAGUUAAACAUGUAUUGUACUCUGAUGAGAAAUUACUUUUUCCGCCUUCUA